GUAUAUAUAUGCUGUCCAAGAAAGAGCCGAAGCACCCUGGAGAAGCAAAAUGGAGAGAGAUGUUGAAGAAUUGAGAGAAUAUUUUUGUAGUGGAAAAACAAAAGAAACAGGUUGGAGAAAAGCUCAGCUUGAAAACUUGCUCGCUCUUCUUCAUGAGAGAGAAGAAGAUAUUUAUAAAUCUCUCAUAAAAGAUCUUGGAAAACAUCCUGUUGAAGCUUUCAGAGAUGAGAUAGGGACAUUAAUGAAAUCCAUCAAUUAUGCACUGGAAAAUCUCAAAGGAUGGAUGUCGACGAAAAAGGCUAAACUACCAAAAGUUGCAGUUCUCUCAUUAGCAGAACUGGUUCCUGAACCUCAUGGUGUUGUCCUCAUAAUCUCAUCCUGGAAUUUUCCCUUCGGGCUAUCUUUGGAGCCAUUGAUAGGGGCAAUUGCAGCAGGAAACACAAUGGUUUUGAAGCCCUCAGAGAUGUCUCCAGCUUGCUCUUCUUUCUUAGCAAAUGUAGUGCCCAGUUACCUUGACAAUAAAGCUAUCAAAGUCUUUGAGGGUGGCCCUGAUGUUGGUGAAAAACUCCUCCACCAAAAAUGGGAUAAGAUCUUCUUCACAGGAAGUGCAAAAGUGGGAAGGAUAGUUAUGUCAGCAGCUGUGAAGCAUCUAACUCCAGUAACCCUUGAGUUGGGAGGCAAAUGCCCUGCCAUUGUUGAUUCUCUCGAAUCUUCUUGGGAUAGAGAGGCGGCUACAAAUCGAAUAGUGGUGUCAAAAUUUGGGGCUUGCGCAGGUCAAGCUUGCAUAGCAAUAGAUUAUGUCUUGGUGGAAGAGCAAUUUGCUCCACCCCUGGUGGAGUUAAUGAAGGGAAGCAUCAAGAAAAUGUUCGGUGAAAACCCGAAGGAUGGUAAUAGUAUUGCUAGGAUAAUUAAUAAGCAACAUUUUCUGAGAUUGAAAGAUCUCAUAAGUGAUCCAGCAAUCAAGGAUUCUAUUGUCGUUGGUGGCUCUAUGGAUGAAGACAAUUUAUUCAUUGAACCAACAAUCUUGGUGAAUCCUCCUCUUGACGCAGCCAUUAUGACUGAAGAAAUCUUUGGUCCAUUGCUUCCCAUAAUUACGGUGAGGAAGAUCGAAGAGAGUAUUGGGUUUAUUAAUUCAAGGCCGAAAGCACUUUCCAUUUAUGCCUUCACCAAGAAAGAAGCACUUCAAAGGAGAAUAGUUUCAGAAACUUCAUCAGGGAGUUUGGUAUUCAAUGAUGCAAUUAUUCAAUAUUGUGCUGAUAGUCUACCAUUUGGAGGAAUCGGAGAGAGUGGGAUGGGGAGUUACCAUGGGAAGUUCUCCUUUGACACAUUCAGCCACCUUAAGGCAGUGGUCAGAAGAAGCUUUCUCACUGAUUUUUGGUUUAGAUAUCCUCCAUGGAACAAUCACAAACUUCAACUCCUGGAAGAUGUCUACAAUUAUGACUACCUUGGCAUGCUUCUAUCCAUUCUUGGUUUAAAAAAACCAAGAAAAGCCUCAACCCUCACUUAAUACACAUUUCAGGGAAAAAAAACAAACACUUUUUUUUUGGGGAACAAGAAAAUGGAUAGAAAGUUUAAUCAAUCGGAAAAUUAAAAAAGGGUUUUUAAAACGCGCCAAACGAAAUUUCUAAGCUUUUAGCAUAUGUAAAGAGUUUCUCCGAAGUAUGUAGUUGUUUGAUUUGAUUGA